AUGUUUAAAGUAUUUAUUGUUGAAGAUGUAAUUAAUCUAACUGUAUCAGAAUACUUUAAUGAUAACGAUAAUCUGUUUCGCAAACUGUCGAACAAAUACAUUAACAAGGUUAUACAAGGAAUAGGGUUGGUAUUGGCAAUAGAUGAGAACUUUUUAAGGUGUGAAUGCAAGAUUUUGCAAACAGAAGGAUCUGCACAUUACAAGAUCACCUUCAGAAUAUUGGUAUUUCACCCUUCUGUUAAUGAUACAUUCAAUGCAAGUUUUCUAUUGGAUUCUUUGAUGACAUUCAAGUUAUACCAAAAUUCAUGCCUCCAAAUUUUAAAUAGAUGGGUUGUAACUAAUGGUAGCAGUAAACAUGUGUUGAAGGAAAAUGACCUCGUAGUAUUUAAAACAUUAGAUGUAAUAUAUAAUAAAAAUAAAGAAGAUACAAAGUUAUACUCGAAUAGCUCAAAUCUGCCAGUUCUAGUAAUAAUCGGAACAAUUUCAGAGGAAAUAGAUACACAUUAA